AUGGGCAACAGCAACGAAGAACAACAACAGAACACAACGAGAACAUCGAUCAUGGAGUGGAAGCACAUGCACCCACUUCAUCAAAUCGCCGAAACAUCCACACACAAGCUUCUUCUGAAGCAGUGGCUUAAGGAAGAGGAACUCAUCAAUGGCCGCAUAGCCCUUAAGGAGACCCAAAUAGAUUCCACACGCAAAGAGAUCACAAUGCUGUACAUCUUCUUCUUCCUCUUCCAUUCGACCACCCUUAUGCUCCUCUUCAACUCUCCCUCCUCUUCCUCCUCUUGCCACAGAUCUUGGGUCCCUUCGCUGUGCUCUUUGCUUUUCUCACUUGGAAUCAUAUGGGCAUUGAGGUACAAAACCGAUGUUGAGGCCCACGUGGAGAAGAUGCUGUCACGUGAGAAGGAGGAUAAAGGGUUGUUGGGGAAAUGCGUGGAGGAACUGAAGAAGAAAGGGUUGGAGUUUGAUUUGUUGAAGGAGGUUGAUGCUUUGAGGAGGGCUAAGAGUUUGAGGGUUGAAACAAAAGAGGUUAGGAAAUGGUCUUCGAGGGAUUUUGUGUCCUUGUUCUUCUUCUCUAUGGCUUGUUUGUCUCUUGCUCUCACAAGGGUCAUCUUGUGCAGUUAG